UACCGGACGUGACGCAAGACGCGGCGCCGUGUUUAAACUUGUUCUCAAUACGGAAGUGUGUCAGGAAGAGACCGUUUCUGUUAUUGAGCGAUGCUAUGCUGUAGUUAGCUGCAAAUUCUGAAACAAACACUACAGUCACUGUUUUCCAGGGAACAAUCCAGCAAUGGCAUCUAAAGGAGCCAAGGAAACUUUAGCAAAUAAACUAGGAUUUAAAAGCAGUGCCUCAAAGUCUGUGGACGCUGAGCUUGAGAAACUGAAAAAGGAAAAUGCCCAGUUGAAGAAGACUUUGGAUGAAAUGUCAAAACGAAAUGGAAGGCAUCAUCCUGCGCGUCCUGAUUCAGAUAAAGCCAAGCUGUUGGAGAGAAUUCUGUCACUGGAGACGCUGAGAGAGAGAAACACACAGCAGCUGCUGGCUAAAGAACAGGAGAUCUCCACCAUGAGGGAACAGCUGCGGGCUGAAGGUGGAGAGGUGGUGGCCUCGCUGCAGAACCAGCUGGAUCAGAAAAGACAGGAGGCAGAACAUAGAGAGAAACUGUUUCAGAGCCUUUCACAGGAGACUGAGGACCUGAAAAACAAAUUGGUGGCCCUCACGGAGAAGUGUCAAACACUUGAAAAACACAGUACUGACAUGCAGGUUCCUUCAGGUGACAUGGCUGUGGUCCAGGAGCAACUGCGAGAUGCUCUGGAAAAAAAUCAGCAGUGGCUUGUUUAUGACCAGCAGAGAGAGGCCUUUGUUCAGGGGAUUCUGGCCAGAACCGCAGAGCUUGAGCAGCAGUUAAACCAAGCCAAGCAAACACUCCAACAACAGCACAAAGAGGCCAAUUCAGAAGGUCAGUCAUCUGCCUCCAUGCAGCAGGAGAAGCAGCUGCAGGAGAGCCAGAGGGAGUUGGAGGAGGAACGCAAAAGGGCAAGCCGCCUACAGGCCAAGCUUGAGGAGCUGAAGGCCAGGUAUGAAGAGAAGAGCCGCGAGGUGGUGAGAUCCCAGGAGGAGCUGCAAGAGGAGCGCAGAAGUGGCCGAGAGACUCUAGCAGAGGAAAGGAAGCUGAGCAUGGAGCGAGUAGCCAGACUGCAGUGCGAGAUAGAAGCGGCUGAUGUAAGGCUUGAGGAGGAACGAAAGAGAGCGGCGGAGCUGCUACUGCAGGUGAACCUUCUUCAGAAAUCUCUACUGACUCAGCAUGAAGAUCAGAAAAGAAUGGCUGUUUUAGAGCAACAGAUCCAGUUGUCUGCUAGAGACUUUGAAAAUGAGAAACUGGACCGUCAAAGUCUACAGCACCAGCUCCACAAAGUGCUGAAGGAGCUUCGCAAGGCUAGAGAUCAAAUCACACGCUUGGAGUCGGCAAAACAACAGCGAGAAACUCGGUUCUCUGAGCCGAGCUCGUACACCAGGCUUGAUUUGGAUAAGAUGACCAUUCAGGACCGCAGCCUGUACCCCACAUCUCCAUUAAAGAGCUCCAACGCAUUGGAUGAGAGCUUUCUGGAGUGUCCCAACUGCAGGGCCUCAUACCCUACAAGCCAGCACAGAGAGCUGCUUGCACAUCUUGACUACUGCUUUAAUUAAGACUACCGAAAAAAGAAACAGGGAUUAGGGCUUGAUAUUGUGCUUCCUUUUUUUUGCCUAUUUUAUAUCUUUUGUAUCAGAAUUGUUUAUUUUUGUAUUCCAAAGAAAUUUUCCGCUGUUUGCUACAUUUAGUUUUGGAUUAAUGAAUGGUGUGCUUGAUGGGCUUUUGAGUAUUUGCAAAGGUAUUGGCUUUCCAUUAAUGUGGAGCAUAUUUAAGGUAAAUUUUAAUUUAUGCUAGUUCUUUCGGGGUAACUCUGUAAUGUACCUUUUCAUUCAUAAUGUGUUUGUCUGUUUUGAAUACAUUAAAACUCACAUUCCGUCUAA